GCGCGGUUGCAUAACACACUGAGAUGAACUGCGCGAGCUCCCUCUUGUGGGGUUGUUGGUUGCCUCGCGUUGCUAAGGAAGUCCAGUAAGUUUCUUCAGCGAGCUGAAGGAUGUAACCAUAUGGGUACCAUGGAGCUUGUUUACAUCUAAAACCAAAUCUGGCAAUAGGAUGAGUGAACAUGGAGAAAGCAUCAUCCCAUUUAACACCACUGAUCUCAGGUCAGGAGAGCCAGCUUGCAAAGCACCCCUUACUGAUCUCUAUGUAGACUCCAGUAUUAAGAACAAAGACAAGGAAGAGCUCAGCGACAUCAAGAAGCCAUACGAUGAGCCCAGACUUCUUCAGGAUGAACACAAGCUCAGUCCAUUUCAGCCUCGGCCUCCCUCACUUCCAAAACCCUUGGGAUUGGCGAUGGGUGGAAGAAACUCAUUUGACCAGAAGGUCAGAGGGAGACGACUGAGGAACAGCCAGGAGAGUCUCACAGACCCGGGUGAGACGGGCUCUUCCUCCGAUUCUCUCAAAGAAGAAACCUCAACACCUGUGUCAAGCAGUCCGUUGGGUUUAAAGAACGGACAAAGCCUUACAUCUGGACGUCCGCUCGAUCUUCCGCCCAUGGAGACGCAGGCACCAUUCAGGAACUGGUCUGGUAGUCUCUCAGAGACUGACAUGUCCCCACUUGAGCGUUAUGAUUCGAAAGAGCGCAUGAAACCGUCCAGAAUAGUUCUUUCUCCAUUGCAGCCGACUGGCACGUUUCCUCCUCUGGAUCAGAGCGUCGCUUCUGCGUCGCUGAGGGCAACUAAUUGGAUUGACAGGGAUUGUUUGGAUUACAGUGCAGUGGGGAGAAGGGGGCGGUCGGAGAGGCUUCAGAGGAACCUGAGCGACAGCCGGCUUUUCGAGACCAUGGUGUCAGACAGUGCCUCCGUUCAGUCCAUGAAGUCCAACUACAGCGUGCUGAACCCCAUCAGACCCAGGGAUGUGAGGAACAGGAGUUUUCUGGAGGGGAGUGUUCUGGGAAACGGUGCCUUACUCGGGGCAGAAGAGCUGGACCGCUACUUCCCAGAGAGACGGCUUGGCCUCUACAUCGCCACAUGGAACAUGCAGGGAGAGAAGGAGCUGCCAUACAACCUGGAUGACCUGCUGCUUCCAACCGACACAGACUUCGCACAGGAUAUGUAUGUAAUUGGAGUUCAGGAAGGUUGCCCAGAUAGGAGGGAGUGGGAGAUCCGUCUACAGGAGACUCUCGGGCCAUAUUAUGUGAUGCUAUACGCAGCAGCCCAUGGUGUGCUUUAUCUCACUGUUUUUGUACGAAGAGAUCUCAUAUGGUUCUGUUCGGAGGUAGAACAUGCCACAGUCACCACCCGCAUUAUAUCUCAGAUUAAAACUAAAGGAGCCGUUGGGAUCUGCUUCACUUUCUUCGGGACGUCUUUCCUUUUCAUCACAUCCCAUUUUACUUCUGGAGAUUCUAAAGUUUAUGAGAGAAUCUUGGACUACAACAAGAUCAUGGAAGCUUUGGCCCUCCCUAGAAACCUCCCUGAUACCAACCCAUACCGCUCCACAUCCUCUGACGUCACGACCCGUUUUGAUGAAGUCUUCUGGUUCGGAGAUUUUAACUUCCGCUUGAAUAAAGCCAGAGGAGAGGUCGAAGCCAUUUUGAAUCAAGAUGCAGACAUGAGCGUGCUGUUACAACAUGAUCAGCUGUCUAAAGAGAUGAAGGAAGGUUCCAUUUUCAAAGGGUUUCAGGAAGCACAGAUUCACUUUCCACCUACUUACAAGUUUGAUAUCGGUUGUGACGUCUAUGACACCACCACAAAGCAGAGAACACCUUCAUAUACUGACCGAAUUCUUUAUCGAAAUAGACAGGUGGAAGAUAUUAAAGCGGUCAAGUACACAUCCUGCAUGGCGAUUAAGACUUCGGACCACCGGCCUGUCGUUGGCAUGUUUCAGGUCAAGCUUCGUCCUGGUAGAGAUAACAUUCCUUUGGGUGCCGGUCAGUUCGACAGAGGUCUGUACUUAGAGGGAAUCAAGAGAAGAAUCACCCGAGAGCUGAAGAAGAGAGAGGCAGCCAUGAAAAACCAGAAUAACAGCACUGUUUGCACAAUAUCCUGAUUUGGGACCAGUGCGCUCAAUAAAACCGCAGGUGCUAAAACUGUUCGUUUUAAAUACCGAGUUACUGAUGGGGAAAGCUGGACUUUCAGGACCAAAGGAGAACUCUGUGCUAUAGAUGUCACGGCUUUCAUCUGCCUCUGGUGAAGUGCAAUGUCAAGCUUUGAUGCACAGUCCAGGGAUUCCAAAAGAAGAUGGAGCUUGAAAGUUUAGAAGCUAGCUUUGGAUAAUGUUUGUUUCAACAGGAAACGUUUUAUAAAUUAUACUGACCAAUGUAAAUCAAGUUGACCUAACGCAUACGUCCGCAUUGUACUGUACAUCCAUCAUUAUUUUGUAUUCUGAUAUGCUUCAACAGUGCUGCAUUUGGUUUUAACUGAUAGUGUUACAUGACCACAAAUUCUUAACAUUUACUGAUACCUUACGCACCUCACUUAUCAGGUAGCCGAUCAUGUUCAUUGUUUAUCAGCUCCUGGGUGUGUUAUACGAACAGUUACCUAAUAAUGUGCUAAACAGUAGAUCUUUUUAAUGGUACCUUUACUGCGGGAUCAUGUGGGAAACAUCAUCAGUUGUUUUAUUUGACCAGAGGCAUUGAUAGGUGAAGCGAUAUCAUGUGCUUGUAGAGAAACUACUUGAUGAAUUGGGUUGAAAUGUGUGCAUGGGAAGAUCUGAAAGGGAGGCACAGACUAUACUCGAGUUCAUUGCCUUAACUUACUCGAUGUAAGUCAGCUUUUUUGAUGUCAGAUGAGGUAUCGGUAUUGCUUGUGUCUGGAUCUCAGCAACGGUGGAGUUACAUCAAGUGGCGCAUCCACGUACGUUUCAGUUGUUUGUGUACUGAAAGUGCCUGCGAUCUCGCUCACAAUUGCCUCAGUGACUUUAAAUACAUUGUUCUGUUUCAAACCAAAUAAUAGCCUGUACCAAUAAUUGUUUACAUUGAGUAAUACAAGAAUUCUGACUCAUACUCAAGUUGGUGUUAUUUCAACACAUGAUCACAAACCUGUUGUUGAACAUUUAAAAUUUACAGACAACUCUGCAAGAUGUAAACACUGGUCCAGAAGCACUUCGGUUUUACAUUUUAUUUAGUUAUUAUUAGUAAUGUUUUAAAUCUCACAUAUAUAAUUGCAUCUUAAAGAUAUUUGUUUAACAUUUUAAAUUGGUUAUAAAUAUUCUGUUGGUUGUAUUUUGUUCAAACGUUUGUCACUGAAAUGAAGUUCUUCACAACCAGGGUUGCUCGAAGAGGUCUAUAUGACAGUUACACAUUGACAGAGACAAAAAUAUUAUUUAAACGCGCAGUUUCUGCCAAUCUCAUAUUUAUCUUGAGUACCUAUAGAGCAGUGUUGCAUACUUCGUAUCUUCGAAGAGUAUUUAAUUUGAUCACUUUUAUAAAAGAUAGAUACAGCUGUACGAUUAUUUCCGAAAACAAAUGACCUCCUGGGACCUAACUAAGCGGGUCUUCCUAUCGCUCGUCGGUUGACGUGUGGGCGUGCUUUUCCGGGAGAAUUGCCCAAUAAGGGACUAAGAAAAGUUGUUACGUAACGGUUUUUCAUGUUCGGAAAAAAGCUUUUCAAAACCUAUACGAACCUUGGGGGAGUGUAUCGAGCACAGAAAUACUAUGUAACACGUCAAAGUCGUUUUUUGACAAGUUGACCAUGUUAAGCGUGAGAGGCCAGCACGUUUAACAUUGUAAAUAAG